AUGAGCGGGCUCGCGACCAAGAGCGGAAUGACGAGAGUGACGGCUUUGCUUGACAGUCGUGAGUGUCGCAAGUUGCAGCCACCGCCCGUCAUCCUCCUCGUCUUCACUCGUGCCACCCGACCAGCGCAUUCAAGAUUCUUUCAGCAGUCUCACCACACCUCUUCGGACGCUUGAGUGGUUGGCUGAGGCACGACCGCACACCAGGGCAGCGUCACUCAACGGGCCAGCCGCGUGCAAGCGAGUGGAGAGUCGCAUUGCCUGCCUUGCACCAUCGUCAUCUCUACCAUGGCUUCUGCUUCUCGCAGAGCAGUGUCUUGCUGCUUAGGCCAAGGCCCAACGUGGCAAGUGCGAAGUGGUAGCUCAACCCUGCGUCUUGCGCGUCCAUCACCCAGCUGCACCGCUUCCUCAUCCCUCCGUUCCUUGCGCACCACAGCCAAAUGCAGCGCGGAGAGCAAGGACAAGGACCAACAAAAGGAGGGAAAGGACAAAGACUCGAAGGACAAAGACUCGAAGGACAAGGUUUCCAAUAGAGACGAAGCUCAGAGGUUGAUCGAUGCUAGUAGAGCGGAUACGGAGUUGACGCCAGGAGCAGCACCUCCCGUACGACUACCUCCCCUCGCACGAACAGAUCCCGAAACGUAUGCUGCUCUUAGACCCGUUCCUCUGAGCGCUGUUGCUGCUCUGGGAGCGCGUUUGCAGCUCCUACCUUCUACGCUGGACUUCGAAACGAGACGACGACGCAUCAAUUUGAUACUUCAAGCGUGCACUCAUCCUUCUUUUGUGGACCUUCAGAGGAGAACUUUGCGAGAGAAGACACCACAGGAGGAAGAGUUGCAGCUUGAUAAUAGGGUGGGCAUGGGCAAAGGAUUGAUGAGGCCUUUGAAAGGAGAUGCAGCGCUGGAAGAUGCUCAGUACCUCCUCCCGCCUGCGCAAAAGGACAAUCUUGAACUGUCCAUCCUUGGCAACCAUCUGCUCGGUCUGCUCAGCAGCGAGGUCUUCCAUCUGCGCUAUCCACAUCUGCCUGUGAGGGCGCUCAAGGCAGCAGUGGGUGCUUAUGUGGGCCCAAACACCUUGUCCGACUUUGGCGGGCAAUUGGGCAUCAGCAGUGCGGAAUUGCUGAAGUGGGACAGGGUUGGCCUGAAGAGAUUAAAGCUGCAGGAAAUGCAACCGGGAACGCAAGCGGUGGACAGGAAUCCUCGCAGGAGUCGCAGGGAUGCGAUUGAUGCGCAAAAGGGCAUUUCGACUCAGGAUGUGCUUGUGCAAGCUACACGUGCUUUGAUGGCCGUCGUGUUCCAAGAGAUGGUGAGUCUUGCAACCUUUCAAUGGAGCAUAGCGCUCCGCAUACGAUAUCCUCGCGUCGCCUGCUGAUCUCAUUGCCCCCUGUCGUGCUUCGCAAUAUGCAGGGUCUUCCCCAUCUUCGACACCUAGUCCAAACUCAGUUGCUUACGCGCUCCCUGCCCAUGUCGACUUUUCUCAAGUUUCGGGAUCCCAAACGAUUGCUGAGCAUGACGUGCUCCAAAUAUGACUUGGAAGCUCCGGUAUCCAGAUUGAUCGCCGAGACUGGAAGGUUGAGCCAGACGCCGGUCUUCAUCGUGGGUAUUUGGAGCGGAGAGACCAAGCUGGGAGAGGGAACGGGUAGCGCUAUCAGGAUGGCCGAGUUCAGAGUGAGUGAAGGCCAAUGCUACAGGCAAUGGACAUUUGGCGCACUCCCAUGAGCGCUGUUUCUGACGCUUUACAUUCACAGGCGGCGGAGGAUGCGCUCCGAAGACUAUACCUUGCUCAGCCAUCUAGCAAACCCGACUUGCCUUCUCGCACGCUGGACUCGCAUUUCCCAUCCGCCAAGCUACCUCCUUCGGUGUGGGAAGACGUGCAAGACGUGGCGAGCUCGAGCGAUAGACCUUUUGUUCCUUCCAGGAUCGGCAGGAGCGAGAUCGUGUACGGGCAGAAAGCGUAA